AUGGGGAUACAGCAUCUUCUGCUUCUUUUGAUUUACUUGGACCCUCUGAAUGUAAUGUGCGCGGCUACGGCCAACAAGAAGAAAAACGCUCCAAAGCGGAAUCAGAAGAUGAAGGAGGUGAACAGCACGGAGGCGCCCACGGCGGUUCCGCGGCGAAACACCCAGGUCCAGGCACCUUCAAUCGCUACCCAUGACACGUGCCUGGGCUACUACGACGUGAGCGGAGCGUAUGAUAAAGUGUUCGAGUGCAACAACACUGAGCACCGCUACUGUUGUGGAAGUUGUUUCCUGCGCUAUUGCUGUGCAGAAAAAGGGAAACGCAUAGAACAGAAAACUUGCACGAAUUAUAACACCCCAGAUUGGAUCAAAACGCAGCCUCCCUCCCCGGCACCAACAGGUGACACUUACGAUCCUGACUUGGAUCAGACUAACACAACGGUAUACAUCACCUGUGGUGUCAUAGCUUUUAUCAUCCUCCUCGGAGUUUCUGCAAAAGUUGCCUACGACAAAGCAACCAAGCCCCCUCAGGAAAUGAAUGUCCAUAGGUAAGUCACUCUGACAUUCAGGUUAAGAAACAGUCAUUUACUAUGGUGGCCACUUUUUCCUCUCUCUCUCUCUCUCUCUGUGUGUGUGUGUGUGUGUGUGUGUGUGUGUGUGUGUGUGUGUGUGUGUGUGUGUGUGUGUGUGUGUGUGUGUGUGUGUGUGUGUGUGUCUGUGUGUGUGUCUGUGUGUGUAUGUGUGUGAUUGUUUGUGUGAUCACUGUUAUGAAACACCAGCUUCAGUUUUCACAGACAUGAAAAGUCUCCUGAUGACAGUAAAAAUGUGUACAGUGGCUAUAGAAAGCUAAAUUAGAUUUGUGAAUAGACUAAAUCAUGAGCACUUCAUCACAAAGAUGCAUAUAAAUAUGAUCAUCACAGGUGUGCAGCUAUAUGCUCAACUUUUGAAUAGGGAAAGCCAUAAUUCAUAAUGAUGCUCAAUUUCAUUCCUCUCUGUACAUUUUUUUUACACCACCUGCAAGCCAUUAUGCAAAGGAAAACUAAUCAUUACAAUCAACUCCCUUUCAAAUACCUCUCUUAUGCAGAUAUACACAGUCCCCCAAAUGACAGUCAACCUGAUUCACCACUACUACCACCACUACCACCACCACUACCACCAGAACAUUAAAUGUCUCUGUAUACUAAAGUAUUGCUCAGUUUUCAUCAGCAGCACAAACAAACCUCCAUGAGGCAGGUGUGGAAUGAUAUAAUAAAUAAUAUAAUAUGCCAUUUAGCAGACGCUUUUAUCCAAAGCGACUUACAGUCAUGCGUGCAUGAUAUUUUUUUUUGUGUGUGUGUAUGGGUGGUCCCGGGGAUCGAACCCACAACCUUGGCGUUACAAGCGCCGUGCUCAUCCAGCUGAGCUACAGAGGACCACAAAGGUCCAUUGAAUUGAAUGUCUCUGUCAAAGAAAAGGCAUCACAUUCAUGGUCAUGGUAUAACAAUCAGGCUAGGAGCAAGGUUGGGUUGCUUCACUGCUAACAACCCAGAGGACAUACUGUACAGUAUGGAUUUAGGAUGUCACUCUCCCUUCCUUUGAUUUACUUUUUAUCUUACGGUAUAAUGGCCCAUGGAUGGACUGUUGUUGGGAAAGUAUGAGCUAAACACAUCAUGGUAGAAUACAUCUAACUGUUGAGGAAUCAAUGUGUCAAUGUAUUAAUUAUAUUAUGUCCCUAUGAAUCGAAUGAAUAUAUACUGUACCACCAAUCCUUAUAAUCAGGCACUCUGCAGUCCAACAAUUUGCAAGUAAUUGGAUAUGUGCUGAAAAUAACAAAUUGCCUCCGCAAUUAUUGAAGCUGGUGCUUUUUUCCAUGACACAUUAGAAGCCUUGACUAUAUUGUUAAGCACUUCCUAGAGCUAGGAGAGCAACUACUGCACCGUAGUCUGAAUUAAAAGACAGUUAACCUUCCAAAGUGGAGGAGUAUGUUAGGGGUUUUGUGCUCAGACAUCAACACGCCAUGAGGAAUUAUGCAGAUUAAGCCAGCAGCUAUCUAAUUCACUCACUGUGUUCUAUGUGAGUAGUAUACCUAUGCCUUGCAAGAAAAGCUAUAACGACACAGUACCCAAAGAGACAGUUUGGGUGGAGAAGCCACAUGUUGUUAGCCAAUCAUUGUGGUUGUCUAAUGGUGGUCUGGUGUCUAUUAGCCCAUAGCAGAGGGGGUUGUCUACCUGUUCAGCCAAAGCUAAGAUCUUGAUUAAAGCCAAUGUGAGGCUAAUUGUGCCUUGCUAGGACUGGCUUCUGUAGCCUCGUUACCUGCUGGCUCCACAAAAUCAAGGCAGUGAUUGGAAUUCAGAUUGAUUGUUCUCAAGAGUCCAUGCAGCAUUCAUUUGUACCCAUUCUCAUGCAAGCCCCUCCUAUGGCAUCAACCCUAGAUAGAAAAUGGAUGUUUCUCCACUAGAGAUAAUUUGUACCACUAGCCUAAUGGAUAUAGUCGCUGGUCUAGCAGACUGGAAGACCUUUGUUUGGGGUUAAAUGCAGCUUGAAUUGUAGUGGUGGCCAGAUGUUCAAUAUGGGGUAAGUUCCAAGGAUGACACUGACUGCCAUCUUCUCAUGACAGGGAUCCAUAACCACGGAUCUGUCUCUCUUGCAAAACAUCCAUUAACCUCAGCACCUGUUUUUCUCUAUUGAUACUUCUGCUGUUAGAUGACUCACACUCAAACUGUUGUUAGAAGGCCAUGCUUCAACCUGUCAAUUGUCAUUGACUCCUAGCUGAACAAUGCAUAUCAAAGCAUUAGAAAGGAAACUUUUUUUUUUUCUUCAGUUUACUAAACAUCUGGGUCUGAAGAGAAGUCUUUCAGGUGGACAGCUCUGUUGACAAAAUAUAGACACGAGAACAAGGCCUUGGAUCAGUGCCCCCCAUUCAUUUUUCCUUUAGAAAAGUCAUGGUUAUGUCUACAACCUCAAUAGCUAUUGAUUUAAUAGUCACAACAAUAGAUGGUGUCAAGUAAAGGCCUUUGGUUUAAGAGCUAAUUUUCUCAGACACAUUUUUCUGCAUGUAGAGUGACGUUCAAAUAUAGAAUCCUUAAGUGCAAGCCAAGCCAUUACCUUGACAGUUUCAAAGAUGACAGUACAAGUAGAAAAUAUGAUACCAAUAUCUGUCUGUCUCUAGUGUAUUCCUACAGUUCUAUUCAAAGCUAUUUCAUGCAACCUACCAAACGACUCACUUUGAUCCCACUAAAGACUAUUAAACUUCUGAGGCUGUAGCAGUGCCUCCAUCUCAGUACUCAGAACUGAGGAAACUGUGAGGAUUUAUGGCCCCUUAAUGCUCUCCUAUCCUAGCCAUGGGGCAUACUUUCAAAUGGAGAUGCUUACUGCCACCACCACAUCAGUAUGAGUGGUGGUGAGAGAGAUGAGACAGACGCUGCGUUUACACAGGCAGCACAAUUCUGAUCUUUAAAAAAAACGAAUUGGUCUUUUGACCAACCAGAUCAGCAAAAAUAAAUUACUGAUGUGAAAAUAUCUGAUGUGAUUGGUCAAAAGACCAAUUAGUGUAAAAAAAAAUUAAAAUAGAAUUAGGCUGCCUGUGUAAAUGCAGCCAAAGCAGGGAUGACUAAACGAGGUGACAUUGCAUAGCGGACAUUCAAUAGCUUUUUUUAUGAUUUGUUUAUUUCCAACAAUCAUUUGGCACAGUGCUGUCAUAAUGAUCUCUGCCGGGGGGAAAAAUAAACUUCUGUGGCUGGCUUGAGACAUCCAUGCUGACAACCGUGUCUAGAAAGCUGUAUUGGAACAUGGGAUUGACUAUAUACUAGGCAAUGGUUUGCUUCCUCUGUUAAUUUAUUUAGCCCUGUAAAGUGAUUCAGAGUUUUACCUCAGUGACUGGGGAAGGAUUGUGAGGGGAAUGCUAAGGCAUUGGCAGACCUUUGCUGUGACCUUCAUCGAGACACAAGAAAUGUCGGGUGAAAGCCAAAGCCAGGGAUUUGAGUGGUCUUUAUUGAUCACUUUCUCGAAAGCAAACCUGGAUGCAAUUUAAGAUGGAUCUGUUGCAAAAAAGGUAGUCUACUCUCAGAUUGAGCACAUAUUAGGUUUUGUUAUGCCAGAGAGAGUCAGUUCCAAUAAAUUCAAAUAUAAUUUCUAAUGACCUGCAAGCAGCAAGAUUAAAUAUGUCAUUUUUGAGCGAUUUUACCAUAAUAUUGGCAAGAAGCAGAUUUUGGGUGAUUGGUGAGAUAGUAUGACUUUGCAAUGUCUCCCGUAUAUAAACCUAACUGGUACUGGUACUGGUCCUCGAGCAUCUGACCAUAUUAUAAAAUAUUUUAGUUCUGGGUUAACCGAGAUUAAUGACAACCUGAAAGGCAGGGUCAAUGCUACAAUAAUGUUCUAACAUAUAUAUUCAGCCAUGAAUAAUGGCUUGGCAAAAUUUUGUGGAGUUCAGGAUCCAAGGGGAGUAGAAAUUCACAUUGGUUUCCAUUUUUUUCUCCCCAAUGCUUUUUAACCUAUUUUAAUUGGUAAAUGGUCAGGUGCAGCAGAGAAAUGCCUAGCAAAGCUGCAGUUGGCAAAUAAAAAAGCAGCACGCCUUGCCCUUAACUGUACACACAGAGCUAAUAUCAAUAACAUGCAUGAGUCUUUCAUGGUUGAGGGUUGAGGUGAAAUGUGCUACUUCUCUUCUAGUCUUUUUAAGAAAUGUGUGUGUGUUGAAAAUGCCUAACCACUUGUAUAAUCUAUAUGCAUACACUUCAAACAGACAUACUGUAUAUACCCCACCAGAUACGCCACUAUGGGUUUCUUCACUGUACCCAAACCAAAAACAGAUUUAAUGCAUCGCUCAGUUACUGUAUGUAUAGAGCCAUGUCAUCAUGGAAUGCUCUGCCACCAGAGGUUACUCAGGCAAAAAGCAAGUUUAGCUUUAAAAAACAGAUUUUAAAAAAACAUAUUGUAUCACAGCAUCUCUCCUCUUUAUAAAGAUUUGAUGUAAUUGUAUUGUAUAUAAGAAUAUGAAUAUGUAUAUAUGAAUAGUGUGUAAAUAGUAUUUUUAUUGUUUCUUGGUGUCUUUCCAAUAUAUAACUCUUAUUUUAUGUGCAUUUUUGAUUUUUGAAUUUAAUGUAAUAUUUAAUGUGGUUCUUGUCUAUAACUGUUCUGUACUUUGUCAUGUAUUUGUACAUUUUAUGUGGACCCCAGGAAGAGUAGCUGCUGCAAGUGCAGUAGCUAAUGGGGAUGAUAAUAAACUAAACUAAUCCGUUUAGAAUGCAGAUGAUAGACUUGUUGAACAUCUGCACCACAUGCUCAUAAUAAUUAAAUCUCUGUCUCAUUCUGAAAUAAUUGCAAACAUGUCGCCAUAUCUGUAAACACAUUCUAGGCUUCCUUAUCUCUUUUGACAAUGUAGAAAUGUGUUAAAAUAACAGUAGCUAAAAAAAAUCCCAUUUCACUGUUGAUGCAAGACCCUCUGAUAACCAACAAGACAGAUUUACAUCCUCUGUCAUGUGUUGCAAGUGCAGUGUGAAGGGAAUUAGAAGAUCAUUUAUUUUCACUUCUCUUCUUUAAAGAGUAUUUACUUUUCUCCCUCAAUGGAUGAUGGGUGUAUCGUUUGAAGAUUAUUUUAUACGUUCCCAUUUCUUGUAGAUGUUUUUUUUCCUUCCCAUACAUAGAAAUGAACUGGUGCUAUUGAAACAUGAUUUACCUAAGAUAUUUUGUAGGAGAGGAAACUGUGACUGGUCUAGACUUCGGGGCUUUCAAACACUAUAUUUUUCAAAAGCCCCUCUAUUCCUCCACUAUGUGGGACUGGUUGUACGUGUUCCUGCUAUACAAGACACAAAGUAGUCAACUGGGGCGAUGAAAACCAGGUCGCCUCAGUCUGUGAAAAGGAUAUGGUUAAAGUGUGCCCAUCCUAGAAGGGAAAGGCUAUUAAUACAUAGCUCCCAAAGUCACACAGAGUUAUGGAAAGAAGUUGACUCAGGUCGACUUUGACACAGUUAAAUUACCCUUUCAGCUCUUUGAAGAAAGCAAUAUGUCCGCCAUCCUCACCACUUUACUUCAAUAGGGGCCAGUGUUGAAAAUGGUGAUAGCAAGAUCCUUUGUGUAGAGCCCUUGAAAAUUGGUAACUUGGUAGGAGUUAGAUUCCCAUUUGAACCUUAGUAGUGGGGGCGUAUAGCUCUACCAGAACAUUCUUCUAGGAAUAUUGAUGAAUGGCUUUAGCUGUUUUCCCAUGGCCUGAAGGGAAAGGCCCAUCUGUACUCAGUGUGGCUCAGUAUUGAAACCUGGCCUAUUGGCCACCUUGGGUGUAAUUACACUUUACACUGUGCCUGGUUCUGGAGCUCCACCAACACAAUUGGAGCUGUAACUAAAUAAAUUAAGUAGGCCUUCUGGGGAUGUUGAGAAUAAUGGUUGUCGGUGAUUGAAAACAGGAAAGUGUUUCUGUUUCUGUUUGUAUAGUCUGAAAACGCUAAAAUUGCAUCUGUGUUUUUUAAUUUAUUUUGCAGAGCCCUUGCAGACAUUUUGAGGCAACAAGGACUAAAUCAGGAGAACGAAAAUAUUGCAGCGUUGGAGGGUUCACCCAAAGACAUAGACACACCUCUCCGAACGUCCAAGAACCAUUACACCCCAGUUCACACCAUGCUAGCAAACCACGGUGGGUACCUGCACAGUUUUUACUUCACAUAUCCAAGAAUAUCUAGCAAAAAUGAUACAGUAUUUGGCCUAAGCAUAGGUUCUGAAAAUGGUCUUUACCUCUAGUACGCUGCAUGGUGCACUAUGAGGUGAAUCAAAGUCCUUUCUCUGUAUAAAAUCGAUACCCAAGAUGACAGCGUUACUAUGGAAACAGAGAUUAUGUUAAAUAGUUAGAUACUCUCUUCAGGUAAAUGAAAUGAAAAGAGGUUCAAUAUAAAUGUCAUGAGAACAUGAUAGAGGUGGUGUUAUUAAAGCCAUAUUCUUUGCCCUCAGUUAAAUUCUAUAAGUGGUGGAGAUCCAGUCUGAAUUUCAUAUAUAUUAAUUGGUAGGAAUUAUGGUGGUAGAUCUAUAUAAAUCUCAUAGAAACGAGACAGGCAAAGAUGACUGAAUAAGAAGGUGACAUUCUAUUAUGGACUUUCAAUAGCUUUUUAUGAUUACACAGUAAUCUCCAUUGUACACGCUUCUAUGUAACAGUAUAUAUAAUUCUACUGUCAUUACACUUCGCUGACAUGUGUACAACAAUGUUAUUUCUAUGGUAUGAGACCUUUGCAUUGUAAAGUGGGACCGUAUUGCUUUCAUUAUUGUUCAAGAUGGUCUUUGACACACUCACUGAAAUAGAUGAUGGGCAGUGCUGUGUGAAGCUACUAGUUUACCAAUCUACCCACACUGGAGGAAGUUAAACUACACUAAAGCUACCCUUAAAGUUACUACUUAGUGAAAAAUUAUCAUACCUGAAUCUUAAAUGUCACAGACUACAAAUUGCAAGAACAGAUCACUCUGGAGACAGAUGUUAACAGAAUGUGUAUUUUGGCCUAUUAAACUCAAAAAGUGAAAAUUAGGCACACAAAAAGUGUUUCGAGUUAGAAUUAGGCAUAAAUAAAGGAAACUCUUCCCUACUUCACCCAUUCUUUUUGCAAAAAAAAGUAGUGUGUAGUUCUAGUAGUAAGCUACACCACUACAUUGAAAACAAGUAAUGAACUACUGAAAACACUACCAGGAUUUGAAUUUAGUUGAACUACCACCAAGCUACUGUAAAAUGUAUUUAAAUUGCUAGUUGAACCACAUGUAGUUCAUUACUCCCCAACACUGAUGAUGGGUCCCUGCUACUUAAGUAUAUAUUUUUAAGACUUAAGAAGAUAUAGCAGUUUAGACAAAGGGCCUCGGCUGAGUCUAUUUUCAUGCUGGGGUUCCAUAAGCCUACUCAGCAUUGGCUCAAAAUGGAGAUGCAAAUGAACAUGUUCUUCGGGAGACACAUUGCUUUUGUCCGGAGAUAAUUCUGUCUUGCGACGCUGUUCCUCCUUCUUUUAUCCAGUCUCCAGAUCCCUGCUCCGGGGAUCACUUGCUAAGUGCCCUAGUAUGGUGUCCCAGAUUCAGUGUUAUGUUUCACUCUCGUGUCAAAGUAGACUCUCCUCCUCAUCCAGGGAUUGUGUCAGAGGAGAACUGUUACGUGCUACACCACGGGAUGUGA